UAUUAAUAAAUUAUCUGCUUAUUGGAGCUCUUAAAUGUGAAAAAAAUUUUAAGGCUAUUGAUGUAGAGAAUAAUAAAGAUAGCAUUGUCUUAAAAGAAAAAAUGGAAAAUAUGGCAAUAACCGGGAAAACCUUUCUACAAUUUCUAAAAAUUUUUUCGGGCUAAGAAUAUUAAUCCUAGUUCUUUUUGGGCCACCGAAUGUACUUGUUUUUUAGACUUGCGUCUGUCACAUCAAACACAAACAUUUGUUUAUUCGAGCGAACCUGAAGAUAGACUCGAGCGAAGAUCGAACAUGUAAAAUGAAAAAAAAAAUGUCGACCGCGUUUACAAAUUUCUAAUAUACGUAACCGAAAGAGAGGGACUUUCUUCUCUCUCCCUUCCCUUCCCUUUCUUCCCCUCGUGUUCUCUCGUAUUAUCUCCACGUGAGCUCAUGAUCUUGCUAGUGUAAGCGAGCCGCCAAAAGCGUCACAGUGAACAUGAACGCUAACUCUGAGACCGGCGAUCAUCUUGAUGAGAUCUACAACUGGAUCGAUCAAAUCAAGUUUUCCAGACCAAAAAGGAACAUAGCCAGAGACUUUUCCGAUGGAGUGUUGAUGGCGGAGCUGUUGAAACGUUAUUAUCCUAAGCAUGUGGACGUGCACAAUUAUGUCGCCGGCAACAGUAUCGCGAAGAAGAUCGACAAUUGGAGCACGCUGAAUCGCAAGGUAUUAUCGAAGAUAGACAUGAGGCUGGGGAAGGAAGUGAUAAAUCAGCUGGCGAGUUCCCAGUCAGGCGUUAUCGAGAAAGUUCUCAGCGAUUUGCGAGCCAAGAUCUUGAGGGAUUCCAACGCCGAAAGAGAGUCCUUAUAUUUUGGCUUCGAGGAGAGCAAAGAUAAUAAUAUAGAGACGGUAGAUUCCGCGCUAAAUCCUGACGAGGUAGCGAACAAGACCGUCCCCCGGCACCUCUUCACCCGUCUGAAGCAGGAGCUGCAGGAGAAGAACGAUACGAUCUCCACGUUGCAGCAGAAAAUCUCGCAUCUGGAGAGUCUAAUGAAACUGAAGGACCAACGGAUCGAUGAUCUUACGGUGCAGAUUAUGAGGCUGCCGGUUGAGCGAAACGCCCCUACUCCGCGUCCCCACGUUAUCGGUGGUGGAAUCUCGAAAUCACACGUUUCCACCAAGCUGUCGUAUCAAAUCUAAUUGAAAAAAGUGUCAUGCUCUUUCUGUCUCCCUUUCUCUCUCUGUCCACGAUUGUAGUUUUUAUAUGAUGCGGCGUACCAUGUAUAAAAUACACUUUUUAUUAUCUAGUUGGGCCAUUCAUGUAAUCUUUUUACAGAUAAAAUUAGUGUGUCAUAAUAUACAUAAUAGUAUAAUGCAUAAACAGAGCAGUCAUCGCGACGAAAAAGCUCUCGAUUAUUUCAGAUAUUCACUCAAAUGUGAAUGUAAAUCUUUUGGAAUCGAUCAACAAAAAA